AGUCUACUAAAGUCAUAAAAAGUAGUUACUGACAGUGACUUUUUAUGAUGUCAAAGUUUGUAAAAAAAAAUCAAAACAAACCAAACGAAUAGCUCGUCGCAAUAAAACUUUUAUUUUGUGAAUUGGACCAAAGUGGAAAGAAAGGGUAAUUUCUACCUGUUCACUGGAACUAUUCAUCCCACCUUCAGAUAAAAAUACUUUAUAAUAGGUACCUAUUCAAAAUGGAUAUAGAAAACUUACGAAGCUGGAUUGGCCAACCUGACGUCUGUAGAUGCUGCUUGUCCGCCUGCGGAUUGUGGGAUAUGACUGUUCCCUAUAUAACAGAAGCCGGUAAAAAAGAAGUUUUCGGUGAUAUGCUACAACAGUGUUUUGGGAUUAGUCUGACUCAUAUAACAAAGUGGGGUCCAAGUCGGAUGGUUUGCAGUUUGUGUGUAGGACACCUACGGGAGGCACACAAUUUCAGAGAACAAGUGCUCCAAGCAAAUAAACAUUUUAAUGAACAUUGGAGUAGUAAAUCAGAAGAAGACAAAGAUAUGGACAUUAAGAUGGAAACAGAGUUGGAGGACACUCAUAGUGCAAACUGCUUGGAUGAUAUAUCUUACAGUGAAAACUACUCUACAGUGAAAUUGGAUAUAACAGAUGAGACUGUACAGCCAAUAUCAAAUAGUGAAAAGAAGAGAAAGAGACAAAACACUAACAAUAAAGGUGUGCGAAAAAAGAGGAUCAAAUCAGAUGAAUACGAUUCUGAUGCGCCAAUAUCAUUAUUAGUUAAGAAAGUUCAUGAUGUUGAUGAGGAAGAAAGAGUAGUGCAAGACCAACUCGUCCCAGCCAACUGCAUAAAACAUGUGUCGGAACGUAAGCGUGUUAUGUUAACUUGUUGUAUUGUCCUAACGGAAACAACUGCCUGCCCCUUCAGGCACCACAAGAGCUGGUUCCAAUGCUUCUUCUGCCACCAGGACUUCAUGGAAAUAAAUCUCCUCAGAAAACACACAUCUCAAGUGCAUCACGACAUAAAUGGAGAACUAAAAAAAAUUAAAAGAUUUCCGCGCUCGUUACAAAUCGAAAUUUCAAAUUUGGAAUGCAGACUCUGCAAUUUGAAUUUAAUGGACGUAGAAUCGAUGCGUCGCCAUCUUGUCGACGUUCACAAUAAGAUCAUUUACAAGGAAUGUAUAGCUGAUUACAAAGUCAACACUAGUCCAUACUCAUGCCAUAUAUGUAAAAGAGAAUUCCAUGUAUUCAGAACUUUAACAACUCAUUUGAACGAACAUUACGCUAACUGCAUAUGUGAUAUUUGCGGUAAAUCAUUUUUAAAUUCAAAAAGGCUAAAAGUUCAUAAGAGAACUCAUGAAAAUGGCAAUUUCCCUUGCAACGAAUGUGGGAAAGUAUUAAAAACUAAAACCUCUAAAGCAAAUCAUAUGGAAAGCGCACAUUCUAAACGACAACUUAAAUGCCAGAUAUGUUUUAAGCCGAUGAAGCAUUACAACGAUAGAAUCAAACAUAUGUCAGAAGUUCAUAAUAUAACACAUAAAUUUGUAUGUCCUAUAUGUAGUAGGGAGUAUAACAUUAAGCAUUAUUUGGCGACACAUAUGCGUCAAACUCACGGUCAUAAGAACAAGAAGUGUGGUGACUGUGGUAUGGCAUUUAUUACUAAUCAUGGUUUGAAAAAGCAUAUGUUGAAGCACAGUGGAGAGAAACCUUUUACAUGUAAUAUUUGUAGUAAAGCGUAUGCUAGAAGUUAUACGCUAAGGGAACAUAUGAGGUGUCAUGGAUGUCCUCAGUGAUGUGAAACGAUAGGGUAGAUGACAAGGUCAGAAAAUUGGAAAAAAUAUAUAUGCUCUAGAUAAAAUAUACUUAUUUCGAUAAUAUAUAAUACUUUAUCUCGAGGUUCAAUUUUGUAUUGUAUGUAAUUAUAUAUUCAUACAUACAACGAGGGAUGUUCAAGGCUUACACGAGAACGCAAUGCAGUUUAGCUUAACAGUCCUUCGAAUCGGAUUGAAUGAAAAUGUAUGUGUCGGUAAAUAAUGAGUAAAAAAAAACAAAAAGUAAUCACAUAAUGUCAUGUCUUUAUUUUCGAUUAUACCGUUUUUGGGAGACAAUAACAUGAAUUCCCAAUAGUUAUAGUUACAAGAGAUCAGAGCCAUUAACUUAAUUUAUACAUUUAUUAAAACAAUUAAAACAACAUAACAAGAAAUAUACGAUUAUUUGCUUAAAUCAGUCGUACAUAAUUUGCGAGUAUCAAUGAUCACAGGAAAAGAAAUAUUUGACAUUGUAGUAAAAAACGUAAGUCAUACGUCUAUUUAUUUAGAUUCUGAUUCGACCAUGUGGGACGCUUUAAUCAGCUGGCCCUGGCGACCGUGCCGGUGGCGGCGCGGGCGUCGGGAGCGUUGGGGCGAACCAGACGCUCCUGACUUAGCUUUGAUCUGCAAUUUCACUUUUAAUUCCUCGCUCAAAAUAAAUUUUGUAACUUCAUUAUCAUCACUGAAUCUCACUACUUCUUCGGCUUUAAUACGUUCUGAUCGAUUCACAUAACUUUUAGUCACAUGUAUAAAUGUCUUGACAUCGACUUUCGUCAUUAUAUUCUGAUAACGUGAAUACACGCUUUCAGCGGCUAUAUAAACGUUAGGUGGAAAUAUGGUUACCUUAUCCUCAAUAUAUUUCUUCUUCUUGUGAAUAUACUCAGUGUAUUCAGGUAAGGUGGGAUAUUUCUCUAAAUCUUGUACACAACGUAUAAACAGAUUGUAUACAGACAAAAUUUUGUUAAACUCGAGCGAAUCGAGAUCGUCAUAAGUUAUAUUUAUUUUAUUUUUGUCGUCAUCAUUAUUAAUUACGAUUUUUUUACUAAUUUCGAAUAAUUCCGUAUAAAAUGAUCUGUUUUGGCCGAUAGUAAAAUAAGGACGAAAUGUUUUUUCACAGAUAUCAAACAUACUUAUACCGUUUUUUGCUUUACUAUAAUCAUUAAAAUUCAUUAAAUGUACAUAGUCAUUCAA